UACUUCCCAACUUCACUGCAAUCUGCAGCUCUUCGAACUACGAAGUCUAAAAUAAUCCAUGAAAAGAUGAAGAUCGGGGUGGCACUAGUAUCCUUGAUGGCAAUAUUUUGGCUUGCAACUGGAACAUUAUUGAAACCACCAAUGGUAAAGACCCCUUUGGGUGUUAUAGAAGGAACUUAUAGUAAAGGUGAACUUAUACCAGUAAAACAAUUCCUUGGGGUACCGUACGCCACACCUCCUCUUGGAAAACUGAGAUUUCUAAGACCAGAACCUGUGAAACCCUGGAGCGGUACCUAUAAAGCCAACAAACAGCCUCAUGCUUGCAUGCAAUAUACAGAACAGCCAUUUCCAUGGUAUGAUAACAUGACUGGUAAAAGCGAAGACUGUCUUUAUUUAAAUAUAUAUACGCCUCUCCGUGCCACUAAAUUCAGUAAGUUCCCAGUAUUCUUUUGGAUAUUUGGUGGAGGGUUGACUCUUGGAUCGAAUCGUCUCGAUGUGUAUGAUGGAACAACUUUAGCGAAGAAGGAAGAUUUGAUUGUGGUAACUAUAAACUAUCGUUUGGGAUUAUUUGGUUUUUUUACUUCGAACUCCAGCGACGCACCUGGAAAUGUAGGCCUGUACGACAUGGUGAUGGCGCUCCAGUGGGUGAAUGACAACAUCCAGUAUUUUGGAGGCGACAAGAAAAGAAUCACUAUUGCAGGAGAAAGUGCAGGCUCCAUAUCCGUCAGCAUUUUGUGCGUCUCCCCACUGACCAAAGGCCUGUUCAGUCGAGCCAUCUUGGAGAGUGGAUCGGUGACUUUUUAUAAAUACAAUGGGUUAGGUUACAAUCUGAAUCUUGGUGAGAAAGUUGCAGAAGCUGUUGGUUGUGCAACGAAGGAUUUCACACUUUAUGAUCACCCAGAGAAGGUUGUCCAAUGCCUGAGAAGUAAGAAUGCAACAUAUUUGACGAAGACUCUUUGGUCAUUCAAUCCACUAUCAACUUCAUCUUUAUUCCCUCAAUACGGCGAUUCUCUGCUUCCAAACAAUGCCCUUGAUGACCUCCGGAAUGGGAAUUUUAACAAUGUUCCCAUCCUCGCUGGUGACGUCAAAAAUGAAGGAUCUUUUCUGCUUACAUCAGCAUUCCCAGAUGUAUUUGGCUUCUUUGGCGAGAAGGACCCAAAAAUCAACAAAACAUAUGGUAGAACCCUGAUAGCAGGCGCCUUCGCCAAUUUCACGAAUCCACAAAAGUAUAUCGAUUACUAUCUGAAUAGUGUACCUGAUACAGACUAUUACCAGAUCAGAAAACAAGUCUACGAAGCAUAUGGAGACACCAUUGUCGAGUGCCACACAGUCUAUUUUGCUGAGUCCUAUGCCAAGAGACAGAACAAAGUCUACUACUAUGAUUUCACCCAUCGUCCAUCCAAUACACCUUGGGCACCUUGGAUGGGUGUGGCUCAUUUCGAAGAGGUACAGUUCGUUUUCGGUCGGCCUUUAAGGGUACCUAAGGAUUACGAUUCAAAGGACAUUUGGGUUAGUAAAAAAGUUCUGAAAAUAUGGGGAGAUUUUGCAAGAAAUGGACGUCCAAGUCUAAUUCCGAAAUGGCCAUUAUAUUCCAAAAAAGAUCACACCUACUUCACUAUAGAUAAAGAUAACUAUGGCAAACUUGGAACAGGACCUCACCUUAAAAACUGCGACUUCCUGCGAAGUUUCUAUGGAUUUUAGCAAAUUCUGCGGGAGAAAUAUUGCCAUCGCAGUAUGCACGAAACAAAAGAAAUCCAUCGAUUACUUUAAGAAAUCGACAACUUUAUAUAACAAAAAUUUGAUGAAGAUUACUAUGAUUUGGAUCAAUCUUUUUGGAUUAAAUGUUUGAGUGAUAAUUUUGGCUUUGAAUUGUUGUUGUUUUUCUGCUUCUUUUUAGUUGUAAUUAUUUAAUAAAAU